CUUGUGUUUGUUUUCUGUUCAUGAUUCCUUUGCAUAAACCAGCGACUCCUUCCAAUGAAACAUUUGUCUAAAAAGAAGACGAAACAACCAACAAAAUGAUAUUCCAAAAUGUUGUUGGGUAAGACAAGUGGACGAUUAUGGUGUUACUUACCAAAGUCUAUUCUUUUUAGAAGGACAAUAUCCGCUCAAUUUAGAAACAAACAUAAUGCAUCCGAUUCACCUUCACCAACUAGUUUCCAUUGGCAACCUUUUGUUCGAAGUAGUCUUGUAGAGUCUGGAAAAGAUGACUUACGACCUAUCUGUUAUGCUUCAGACACUCCAUCUUCCUAUUUGUCUUGGUAUAUUUGUGGUCCAACUGUUUAUGACGAAGCUCAUAUAGGACACGCUCGGACUUAUGUUACUUUUGAUAUUAUUCGUCGAAUAUUAGAAGACUACUUUCACUUUCGUGUAUUUUUAGCCUUGGGAAUAACCGAUAUAGACGAUAAGAUUAUUCACAAAGCACGUGAGAAUCAAACAACAGUAUUGGAUAUCACAAGUAAAUAUACCAAACAGUUUUUUCGUGAUAUGAAAGCUUUAGGUGUUCGUUCUCCAGAUGCCAUUUUAGCAGUUAGUCAACAUAUUCCAUCCAUCAUUCAAUUCAUACAAAAGUUGAUAGAUAAUGAAAUGGCAUAUGUGACAUCAAGUGGUGUGUACUUUGCCGUUGAUCGUUUAACUUACCGAUAUGGUCGUUUCCGUUGUGUCCAUUCUCCAUUGACAAGUUGGGACCAAGAAAGUGAUUAUUUACUACAUAAACGUGAUGUUCGAGACUUUGUAUUAUGGAAACGUUCCAAUGAUGAUGAACCAGGAUGGCCAAGUCCUUGGAUGAUUUGCAAAGGUCGACCAGGAUGGCAUGUUGAAUGUUCUGCAAUGAUCAACGCUCUAUUUGGAUCAGAAUUGGAUAUUCAUGGUGGAGGAAUCGAUUUGAUAUUUCCUCAUCACGAAAAUGAGUUGGCACAAUGUUGUGCUUAUUUUGAAAGAGAAAACUGGUGUCGAUAUUGGUUACAUAUUGGACAUCUUUCCAUUGCAGGUAGAAAGAUGUCCAAGUCACUCAAAAACUUUAUUACUAUACAAGAAAUGUUGUGCAACAUGAGUGCUGCAGAGUUUAGAAUGUUUUGCCUAUUACAUCAUUAUCAGUCUCCAGUAGAGUAUGGAAAAGAACAAAUAGAAGAAGCCAAACAAACUUGGAAAAGAUUAUUGGAAUGGGAUCAACGUUGUCGUAGUUUUCUUCAUCAACAUGAACCAUUGGAUGAUUAUCCUAUUUCAUUAUCGCCAACAAUGAUAGCAAUCGAAAUGUCCUACAAGCAACAAGUUGUUGAAUGGAAAACACAAAUUGCAUAUAAUUUGGCUAUGAAUUUAAAUACUCCUUUGGUGAUUCAAAUCAUACUUGUUCAAUGUAGAAAUAUGCAUCGAUGGAUGGAUGAAUGGGAAAAGGAUACAAACCAUUCUAUCAAGACUAUCACUCGAUUAGGAAUAUUAAGAGAUGCAUAUCAAUAUAUUCAUCAACUAUUUCAUAUCUUUGGACUAGAAAUGCCAAGUCAUUCAAAUAAGGACAACUCGUUUCAUUCACCACGAGAUUCUGAAUGGAUAGAAAUCAUUGCCAAGUUUCGUCAGCAACUAAGAAUGCUAUUGAAAGAUAAGACUAUCGAUGAUAAACAACUGAGAAAACAGAUAUUCGACAUUUGCGAUAUGAUUCGAGAUGUGGAACUGAAAAAGAUAAAUAUUGAAUUGAAAGAUAAUAAGGAUGGUUCCUAUCAAUGGCAAUAUUUGAUUGAUCAUGAAGAUUCCAGCAGAACUUCUUAGGUUAUUAUAACAAAUCAAAAAUAUGU